AUGGUAACCACAGUAUCCAACUCUCGAUCUCUGGCUAAGCGUGCAUCACGAGAGACAACAAGUGCGUCUUCUAUCGUCACAACAAAGUCAACGACAUCCGGUGUUCGUAAAUCUCGCAACAUUGGACCAUUGAAAGGAGUUGUUGCCAUGGUGGACGUACGUGUGGGUAUUGACGCAGAGAUUGACUGCAGUGAUAUCGUAUCCCAAAAGUUGCGUGAAUUGGGAGUCUCCACUGUGAAACGUCUCACGCCAAAACUUACGCACAUUGUGCUGAGCCAUUUCACUCCGACGUGGAAGAACAAGAUCGCCAAGUGGCAGGCGAGUGGAGUUAAUGUGGCGGCAUUCGCGGCACGGUAUAGCUUGAAAAUUGUUUCACAGCUUUGGGUCAAUGCCUGCUAUGUGAGCAAGACGCAUAUGGACGAGCGUCCAUUCUUCCCUGUGGGCAGAAAAAUCUCUUUCGAAAGCAGCCCAAGCACAGGAAAUCAAAAAGGUUUGAAAGGUGUGAUAAGAAAGAAAGCUGGGACCACGCCAGUUUAUGAUUUCAAGAAUUGUAAGGUGGCGAAUGGAAAUAAAAGGAAACGAGCAGUAUCCAUGGAGCCUAUGAAUUCAAAUGUUAUGAUGGAAAAGCUCGAUAUUACGAUUAAAGUGGCGAAACUGGAUAAACAUAAGGGUGUCAGCUUGUCGGCCAAGCGGAGGAAGACGCUUAAUGGGCCGUUGACACAACAGGAUGAAGAUGAAGUGACAGUGUCGCAGGCGAGUGGAUCAAAAUUUGAGAGCAAGUCAGAUCAUGAAGACAAAGGCAAAAUGAAGAUGAAUGAAAAUUCACGUGUUGACGUGGAGCUGGUUUCAAGCUUUUUCAAUAGAAAGAGAGUGGUAACAGAGAAGACCAAUCUCUGCAUGCAUCAUAAAACUCCAGUGGGCGAUGUCUACCGCAGUCUAGGCGAGUUGGGUAGAGGGGCUUUCGGAGUUGUCGAAAAAGUGGAGCAUCUUAAGACACAGAGACAAUACGCGUUGAAAACGGUGCAUUUUGAGUCUGGAAGCAAGCGCCACGAAUUUGAAAACGAAAUGAGAAUUCUUCGCGUCUUGCAUCAUCCAAACAUUGUGCGCAUGCUUGAGACUUUUGAAGAUGAACAUCAUUUCUAUAUUAUUAUGGAGCUUUGUUCAGGGGGAACACUGCUUGACCAAGUGAAGGCUCGUAAUAAGGAGCUUUGUGAAGAGAAAGCCAAAGAUAUCAUUCGAAGCCUUGCAUCAGUCAUUCAAUACUUGCACUCGCGUAACAUUUGCCACCGCGACUUAAAGCUUGAAAAUAUUCUCGUCGAAAACUUAGAACAGGGUGGUCACAUCAAGCUUUGCGACUUUGGCGCAAGUACCCUGUUUAAAUCUGGUGCAAGCAUGCGAGAGGUUCUUGGCUCCGUUGUCUACAUGGCUCCUGAAGUACUCGAAGGAAACUACAAGGAAUCGUGUGAUAUGUGGAGCUUAGGUGUCAUCAUGUACAUGCUGCUGAGCAACAAGGCACCAUUUCAUGGAAAUACUGAAGACAAACUUAUUGAAAGUAUCUUUUCAGGUAACGUAUCGUAUGAACACAAUGUGUGGGCAACGGUGUCUCUUGAAGCGAAGGCAUUGCUGCGUAAACUCUUGAACACCACACCGGAAGAUCGUUUUACGGCUGCCCAAGUACUUCAGCAUCCGUGGAUCAAGUCGUCCGAACAAGUUGUUUUACCUCAAGUCUACGACAUGAUUGUUCCUCGUAUCAAAGCUUUCUGCGACUACAGUCCGUUCCAGCGAGCUGCACUAGUAGCUAUGGCAUUUUGUAUGUCAUCUCAACGAGUUGCUUUGCAUGCAGCAGUAUACAAUGAAUUAAAUGUUGCUCACAAUGGUGAUUUAAAGCUUCAAGAGCUGCACCUGGCACCAGCACUCUUGCGUUAUCAGCUUAACUUGGACCAGAUUUUCUCUGUUCUUGAUCAACAGAAUGAGAAUGGCAUUAAUCUGCUCGAAUUUAUUGCUGCCACGAUCGGCCCUGAAGAUGCGGCAGAUGAAGAAUUGCUUUUGUCCACAUUUCAUAUUUUGGAUCGAUCUCAUUGUGGAGCCAUCACAAAAGAGAACUUGAAAACAUUACUGGGUCAGCAUUUUACCCUGACAGAGUGUCGAGAAAUGAUACGAAAAGCUGACGCUGACAAAGACGGAAAAGUCAACUUUGAAGAUUUUAUCAAAUUGAUGAAACUUUCAACCGACCUUUGCGGAACAUGUACCCAGAUUUUCGCUUCUCCAGCAUGCAUCUCUAACACUAGUGAUCACGGGAGCAGUUAUAUCUCGAACGCAAGAAGCGUUGCAAAUGACUAA